GCCGUGCGUAUCACGUCAUGACGUCGCCGCCGCGCCCUCUCACCGAGGUUUGAAUGUGAAGCGGAGCUGGAGUCGUAGGAGGAGUUGUUCCUGUCCCUGCUGCUCGUGCUGUCAGGAGAUCCGUCAGGUUCUGCAGUUAUGGAGCUAAGUGAUGCCAAUUUGCAAACUUUAACAGAAUACUUAAAGAAGACGCUAGAUCCUGAUCCUGCCAUAAGGCGUCCUGCGGAAAAGUUCCUUGAGUCUGUUGAAGGAAGUCAGAAUUACCCACUACUACUCUUAACCCUUUUGGAGAAAUCACAAGACAAUGUCAUCAAAGUCUGUGCCUCUGUCACAUUCAAGAACUACAUUAAAAGGAACUGGAGAAUUAUUGAAGAUGAACCAGACAAAAUAUGUGAAGCUGACAGGAUAGCUAUUAAAGCCAACAUAGUACACCUGAUGCUUAGCAGUCCAGAACAAAUUCAAAAACAGCUAAGUGAUGCAAUUAGCAUAAUUGGUAGGGAAGAUUUUCCCCAGAAGUGGCCUGACCUACUAACAGAAAUGGUGAACCGUUUUCAGAGUGGAGACUUCCACGUUAUUAAUGGAGUUCUUCGCACAGCACAUUCUUUAUUUAAAAGAUACCGUCAUGAGUUUAAGUCAAAUGAACUGUGGACAGAGAUCAAACUUGUCCUUGAUGCCUUUGCACUACCUUUGACAAAUCUCUUUAAGGCCACAAUUGAGCUUUGCAAUACUCAUGCGAACGAUGCAAGCGCUUUGAAAGUUCUCUUCUCCUCUUUGAUUUUGAUUGCUAAGUUGUUCUACAGUUUAAAUUUUCAAGACCUUCCUGAAUUUUUUGAAGAUAACAUGGAAACUUGGAUGAUGAAUUUCCAUAACCUUUUAACUCUGGAUAACAAACUAUUACAAACAGAUGAUGAAGAAGAAGCUGGUUUGCUAGAGCUUUUGAAAUCCCAAAUUUGUGAUAAUGCAGCAUUGUAUGCUCAAAAAUAUGAUGAAGAAUUUCAGCCUUAUCUGCCCCGUUUUGUCACGGCAAUCUGGAAUUUAUUAGUCACAACAGGUCAAGAAGUUAAAUAUGAUUUGUUGGUAAGUAAUGCAAUCCAGUUUCUGGCCUCAGUUUGUGAGAGACCUCAUUACAAGCACCUAUUUGAAGACCAGAAUACACUGACAAGUAUUUGUGAAAAAGUGAUUGUUCCAAACAUGGAAUUUAGAGCUGCUGAUGAAGAAGCUUUUGAAGAUAAUUCUGAAGAAUAUAUCAGAAGAGAUUUGGAAGGAUCUGAUAUUGAUACCAGACGUAGAGCAGCCUGCGAUCUUGUUAGAGGAUUGUGCAAAUUUUUUGAAGGACCCGUGACAGCGAUCUUUUCUGGUUAUGUUAACUCUAUGCUCCAAGAAUAUGCAAAGAAUCCAUCUGUCAACUGGAAGCAUAAAGAUGCUGCUAUUUAUCUUGUAACAUCUUUGGCAUCAAAAGCUCAAACACAAAAGCAUGGAAUAACACAAGCAAAUGAACUUGUAAAUCUGACUGAAUUCUUUGUGAAUCAUAUUCUACCAGACCUGAAGUCUCCCAAUGUCAAUGAAUUUCCUGUGCUUAAGGCUGAUGGCAUCAAGUACAUCAUGAUUUUUAGAAAUCAAGUACCCAAAGAACAACUUUUGGUCUCCAUUCCUCUUCUAAUAAACUACCUUCAAGCAGAAAGUAUUGUGGUACAUACAUAUGCAGCCCAUGCCCUUGAAAGAUUAUUUACAAUGAAAGGGCCUAAUAAUGCUACGUUGAUUACAGCAGCAGAGAUGGCACCAUAUGUUGAAAUGCUGUUAACAAACCUUUUCAAAGCUCUGACACUUCCAGGUUCAUCAGAAAAUGAAUAUAUUAUGAAAGCUAUCAUGAGAAGCUUUUCUCUGCUUCAGGAAGCUAUCAUUCCUUAUAUCCCUUCUCUCAUCAAUCAACUCACACAAAAAUUGCUUGCAGUCAGUAAGAACCCAAGCAAGCCUCACUUUAAUCAUUACAUGUUUGAAUCAAUUUGCUUGUCAAUAAGGAUAACUUGCAAAACAAAUCCCACUGCUGUUGGAAGCUUUGAAGAUGCUUUGUUUAUGGUAUUCACGGAAAUUCUGCAAAACGACGUGCAAGAAUUCAUUCCCUAUGUGUUUCAAGUAAUGUCUCUACUUCUGGAGAUGCAUAAAAAUGACAUCCCAUCAUCCUACAUGGCCUUAUUUCCACAUCUGCUUCAGCCAGUGUUGUGGGAGAGGUCAGGAAACAUUCCUCCUCUGGUGAGACUCCUUCAGGCCUACUUGGAGAGAGGCUCCAGUACGAUAGCAAAUGCUGCAGCUGACAAAAUCCCUGGACUCUUAGGUGUAUUUCAGAAACUGAUUGCUUCUAAACUCAAUGAUCAUCAGGGAUUCUACCUUCUUAACAGUAUUAUAGAACACAUGCCUCCUGAAUCCAUUGAUCAGUACAGGAAACAAAUUUUCAUCUUGCUGUUCCAAAGACUUCAGAAUUCCAAAACAACAAAAUACAUUAAAAGUUUCUUAGUGUUUAUCAACUUGUACUGUGUAAAAUAUGGUGCAAUAGCACUUCAAGAAAUAUUUGACAGUAUACAGCCCAAGAUGUUUGGAAUGGUUUUAGAGAAAAUUAUAAUACCAGAAAUACAGAAAGUAUCUGGACAAGUAGAAAAGAAAAUCUGUGCAGUUGGCAUCACAAAAAUACUCACAGAAUGUCCUCCUAUGAUGGACACAGAAUACACAAAGCUGUGGACACCCCAUCUUCAGGCCCUUAUUGGCCUCUUUGAAUUGCCUGAAGAUGAUACUCUUCCGGAUGAAGAACACUUUAUUGAUAUAGAAGAUACACCAGGAUACCAGACUGCAUUCUCUCAGCUUGCCUUUGCUGGAAAAAAAGAACACGACCCAGUGGGCCAAACUGUGAAUAAUCCAAAAAUCCAUCUUGCACAGUCUCUUCAUAAGUUAUCUACUGCAUGUCCUGGCAGGGUUCCCUCAAUGCUGAGCACUAGCCUGAAUGCAGAAGCACUGCAGUUUCUUCAAGGAUACUUACAAGCAGCAAGUGUAACAUUACUCUGACAUUUUUAUUUUGCGGGGAGGCGAAUCUGUGUUGUGUCAAAGAACACUGAUAUUGACUCUCUUCUAAACAAAGCUCGGACAGAAUGAAACGAGUUGCUACUUCAAAACACAUCACUGAAUUAUUGCUUGAUGCAGAAGCUAAAUGAUAUUUUGUUCAUGUGAUCAUAUGUAAAGGAGCAGGUGACUUUCCCAUUCCAAGUUUGCUUUAAAGGGAAUAGUAAUAAGAGUUCACUAUUUGGAAUUGAUUGGAGUUCUACAUCUGCAGUGUUUGAGUAACAUUUUAAAAUGUAUAAAGUACUGGCUGCGAA